AUGGCAGCCGAAGAAAACCAAGUAAGUCUCGAGUCUAUUCUCGCUUUGUUGCAGGAGGUCGCCGGCAAAACUGAGCAGCAGCAGAUGGCCACCACGUCGCUCACCGAGAAGGUGGGUAACCUCGACGUUCGAUGCACAGCCCAGUUGGCGACCCUGUCAGCCACCGUCACCGGGCUGUCAAGCGCUCACAACGCCUAUGCCGACCAAGUCGACGCGCUAGCAGCGGGGGGCGCAACCCCGCUGACCCGUAGGCUGGAGUUCGUCGGUGGUCAACCGCAGACGCCUCUUAGCUCGGCUCGCCACGCCAUUCCGGUGUUAAGGGCAAGUUUGCCAGCCCCUGAGGGGGAGAGUGGGGAUGAUCCUUCCACUCCGGCCCAGGAAACGCUUCAGCAGGGGGGUGGGGACUCGGCGCUCGGUGGUAUCCGAACUCCACCUCACCGAAGGGUUACCACCACGGUGAACCCCGAGAUAACCUUCCUUCAGAAUGAGAUUCGGGCUAUGCAGUCCAAAGUACAUAACGCUACGAGCGCGGCACCCGAUGUGGAUCGGGUGAUUGAGGAGUUAAAGAAGACCCCGUUCUCACCUCGGAUCUCGAUGGCCAGACUCAAGGACACUCGGAAGGUCAAGUUCCAGAGUUAUGAGGGGAAGGGAGACCCCAAGGUUCACCUCCAGACAUUCCUGCUCACGGCAAGCCGGGUGGACUUCAAGUCACACGAAGAAGACGCAGGGUACUGUAAACUGUUCGCGGAAACACUCCAAGGACCAGCCCUCCGUUGGUUCGCUUCACUUAGUGAGGGGUCGGUGAAUGGCUUCGCCCAAUUUUCAACCGCAUUCAUCAAGCAGUACUCCAGCUUCAUCGGAGUAGGAAUUACUGACGCUCAUCUAUGGAAUCUUAGCCAGGGUCCCAGCGACUCACUCCGUUCGUAUGUCAAUAAAUUCAAAGAAAUAAUGGUGCAGAUUCCGGGGCUCUCUGAUCCCGCUGCUUUGUCUGCCCUUAAGAAUGGGCUAUGGCACGAAUCCCGAUUCAGGGAGGAGCUAACGGUCAAUAGGCCUUCCAACAUUCAGGACGCCCUGCACCGAGCUUCGAACUGGAUCGUUGCAGAGGAAGAGAAAGCAGCCUUGGCUAAAAAAUAUAAAGUCGCGCCAAAGGCGAACCUCGACCCAAGUCAAAGAAAAGGACAGCGACCCGGAGCGGCGACGUUCGCAGUUGACAAAGAACAGAAGGGUGAGAGAAGGAAGUCAGUUGGCACUUCCCGCCUUAAGAACGGAGCCUUCCCUAAUAACAAGUGGGUUCGUGACCAACCUAGUCCGAAGGAGGAAGAUUCGUACUGCGAACUGCAUAAGGUCGGGGGGCACGCGACCAGGAAUUGUAAGAAGCUCAUGCACUUAUUGGCGGAGCGAUUCGUUAAUGGCGGAAUGCCAGAGAUAACGAUAGAAGAGCUGGAUCAAGCGCAAAAUUCGGUCCAGCAAAUAACUGAAGCUUCCCCUGGAUUGGGAACUCAAUCCGAGCUAUUAAAGACCAUCAGAGAAAACUCGACGGGGCAGUACCUCGGGGAACCAGGUCAGCAGAGGAAAAAUGCCCCGAUAUAG